AUGUUUAUAGGUUCUGAAUGCAGCUCGUACACUCUGAACAACGAAACCGACCGUGGCGUGUUGGCGUCACAAGUUGGCUCUAUCAAAUGUGACUGGGGAUUGGUUACAGGGUGGUACCGCUUUAACAGCACUGCAGGUACCAGGAUGCCCACCACGUGCGUGUCUAGAUACAAGUGCAACACACAUGCGACCGGAUGGCUGAAUGGCACACACCCCACCCCCCAGGAAAGCAUCGUCAACAGACGUGUGUGUUUUCAUUGGAACAGCAAUUGCUGCAACUGGGACACAACCAUCAAAGUCAGAAACUGUGGGCUGUUUUAUGUGUACAGACUAGUUAACCCACCAAGCUGUCAUCUCCGUUAUUGUGUCACUAAUUGAGAGCGUCAGGAGCAGAUUAUACGCGGUUUCAAUUCGCCACUUCAGAAACUAAAAGGAGACUGGACCGAGUACGCUUUCGCAAAGACUUCUGGGAUCGGUUAUGGAGACGCGCCGGUCAGCUAUUGGUCAAUUUUUUUCCCUGUCUCCCUGACGGUCCCAGAUGUCUUUGCGAGAGUUAACUCCAACCACUCUCUUUUUCGCUUCCAAAGUGGCGAAUAGAGUGUUUCCACAUGACGUCACGGCGGCCAUAUUGGUGUCCCAAAACAAUGAAACAGCGGCCAUGUUGGUGUCCCAAACCAAUCCUGUGGGAGUUGAACUCUUUUCUUAUGCAAACGCUUUCUUUUGUCCUAAUGAAUUUGCAUAGAUGCUGGCCACGUGAGUGAAACACUCUAUAGAGUGUUUACUUUUACGGCUAAUGGUUAAUAUUGUGCAGCUGAUGCAACUCAAGUCAUUCUUUUUAAUUAAUGGGUCCCUGGUUGUUCAGUGACAGAGUUAGUAGUCUAUCUUUGGAAGCCUUUGAGGUAGCAGCGUGAAACUUUGUGAGACACAUACAAUGUUACUCGAGUCAAAUUAGCCAGCAAAAAAUAUGCAAAUGAUGUCACGUGACAAGUCACGGCUUAAAAAGCUCUGAGGAAAAAUGCUCAUUUUUUUCUUGUGGCCUUAUUUUUUCUACUGGUUGCAUAGAGUUUUAAGGCCAUUAGGAAUAACAUUUCUAUGCUUGACAAUGUUAGGAUAUAGUAAUAGAAAGGUCUGAUAUACUGGUGACUAGGUACUAGUCAAGAAAACCGUUUAUCUUCAAAAGCAAAUACAUAACCAAAUGUUGUCAAACAUAGUAUUGGAGUUCAUUAUAUUGAAAUUAAAUGAUGUGUCGAUUAACUUAAGCAACUUCUACUACGAACGGUUUCAUUUUUGACGUUUUUAAGACUUUGUGCCCGUGCAAAGUCACGAGGCAUAAUUUGCAUAAUUUAGAUUUGCUUAAAAGUGAAAAGUUCCUGAAAUCUCAUAACAUCAAUUUACAGCUUCACAAUAAACACAUAAGAAGAUAGACUACCCCAUAACUUGUGACCUUUUUCCUCCAGACCAACAGAAGUCUUUUAAAAAACUCGUCAGCUUUUCUAUUUUUUAUCAGUUUCCUUUGUUGUCACGGUUGAAAGGAAAAAGAGUAGAUAAUAAAAACAGGUUUCACUUUCUUCAAAAUUACUUCUCUACUCCACGUGAGCUGCGUCUUACUAAAAAAAUAAUAAUUCAAUACCGGAAAACAAGCUUUUUAUUAACCCUUUAAGCCCUGAGAGUGAUCAGCAUCAAAUUUCUCCUUAUAAUAUCAAUGCUUUGUUAAACAUAGUGGUUAUGAGAAUUGAGCACAUGAUCAAACAAGAUGAAUUUGCUUGAUAUUUUAUCAACUUCUCCCCACUACUUCUGUAGGAAAUGAAUAGGGGCAACAAAUGAGAAUUCAAAUUUUGAUCUUAGGGUUUAAAGGGUUAAUUGAUGAAAUUGAGGAUUUUUGGAAGACCAACAUAUUUUUUUAAAUUGACAGAAGAAAAGUUAAAAAAGGUUUCUAAGCCAUUCCACCUGUCCUCGACUCUUAUAUGAUGCCCAGUGGGUCUUACAAAAUACGUCCUUUGACGAGCUGCGUGAAUUUCUAGAAUUUACUCUCUCAACCGAGCUAAAAAUAUCUCGCAUAGUAUAAGGAGGAUUAAAUUAUUUAACGAAUAUUAAAAAGAGUUUAAGGACAAUAGAGUCUAUCAAGGGCCAUAAUAGCUGUUGAGUCUAUAUGUUGUCUCGAAGAGAUUGACCGAUAACAUGCCACGCCGAUCAUGUUUUGAAUUUCUUACUUUUUGAUUAGAUGGCACGAAGGCAUCGAAACGUCAAAUUUCUUUUAAAUCGUUGAUUUUUGUUUCAAAAUGUAUCUCUAAAUCGAUUCGUAUCAGACGAUUUUUUAACAUUCGACUAUAAAGAGUGAUCCAAGAAUGGGUAUUUAUAACAAUUAGCUUUUCUAAGUUGUUGGUACUACAGUUUCCCCAAAUUCUCUCAACCAUAACCUUAAUGACUGCAAUAACGCACUUGUCUGUUCAAGAUCACAGACCAAGGUCACCGUGCCGAUUUUUGAGAAAUAAAUAAACGCAUCUUAAUAAUUUAUUACGUAAAUUAUUAACACAAGGUCCCAUGAUAAGACCGACAAAUUGUUAAAGUAGAUUCUUAGUAACUUUCCAUUUCAGACGUUUCCGAUUUUAUUUCCUUGAUUCAAAAUCUGAAUUUUCUCGGGACCUGUGAUUGUACAUGUCCUCAUUUUGGAACUUGCUCGUGACGAGGAUACAGACUAAAAUUCUUUAUCCAUUGAGGAAAAGCGCGCCAUUAAAUUUCACUGUUACAAUAAUUUCAUCUUUUUCUAUAAUUCAAAUGCUGAUAUAUCUACUCAACAACCUUAAGAAUUCUCAGGGGGUACCCAACGACGGUUUCCUCCUAAGUACACUAAAAACACUUUUUAGGUUUUCCAGAGUACUUUUAGAUCUCUAGAGAUGUAUUCUAAGCGACGCCGCCUAUAGAAUUUGUAUCUGUUCGGUUAUCCGAGGGGGAACUUGAGUCUUUUCGAAAUUACAAGAGCUUCAGUAUUAUUUUCCCGCAAAUUUUAAAUGCAAUUUAACAUAUUACGAAAGUGAGAAUUUUUCUGAUUCCUCUUUCCGUCACAUCUCUUUGAAUCUUUCACAUCUCUUUGAUUCCGAAAAUUUUAGGUUUCCUUUUUUGUACGAAAAAUAUCCUGGGAAGCGAGAUGUGAAAAGUUAAAAUUCGGAAAAUCAUAGGGAAUUUAUUAGAUAAGCUUCGAAAAUUGUUCAUGAAUGGUAUGGUCGUCUCGAAAUUAUUAGCCGUUCUCAAGUAAUAGAAAAUUCUACGCAAUAUUUGCUUCUCCGAACAGAUGUUUUAAAGAAAACAGUCGGUGGGUGGCCUGAAUUCUGCCUUACAAAUUCCAACACGCAGAUCACGGGGAACAUUUUUGGAUGACCAUCGUCAACUUGGAAGGUCGUGUUCCAGAAAAAAAAAAUGAAUUGGCCAAUCGUCAUAUACUGCAUCUUUCGGAUCGCUGCAGUUUUCACAACCGAAGAGAUCUUUAGAUCUGUCUACACCGUAAGUUGGCAAAAUAAGCGGUUAUCCGGAAAAGCGGUCAAGAAUAUUGAUUCUCCGAGUCUGAUGUCGUGUAGUCAGUUAUGUUUGAAGCACUCUUGGUGUACUUCGACAAACUUCAAAGAGUCUUUUUGGAAGGGCAGUGAAAGCAAUUGCGAGCUGAAUAAGCACGAUUUCAACGCAAUAAACGAUGAUACCAAGCUUACGGAUCAGCCCGGUACAGCAUUUACAACGUUUCUGAAGGUAGGUAGUUAUGAAAAGCGCUAUAAUAAUUGUUUUGACCGAAUAAACAGUUUGAAGAUCACUAUCCUGAAUGACAUGCACGAACCCUUAGUGAGAAAAAUUUUGCAGUUUGAAGAUCUUGUCCUGGCCUAGGACAGAUAAAAUUAACCAACUGAUCAGUUUGCUGAAAAAUGAUACCCUAUUCUAGACCCAAAUGUUCUGAUUUAUAUACCCUAUCCUAGUAAACUGAAUCUGGAGGCCCUUGUGAUUUUUGUUUACCUUUGAUUAAUUUGCUCAGCCAAAACUGUAGUUUCGUCUUGGAGGCAAGAACAUAGUAUACAAGUUCCUCCUGGGUACUCUAAUUUUGAAGCCAUGUAAGAUGUUAACGUACCGAUGUUGCCUUGUCCUCUUCCUUAAAGGAGCUUUACAUCUCUCACAAUUUACUUGAAAUUUGACUACGGCGUGUGAGUCACUUUACAACGAGGGCGGUAUAGUUCUUACUAAGGCAAAGGGAAACGAAAUCGACGGUUUCUUCGAAACUGUUCUACCCAUGUCAAUUGUUGUUGGUAAUUUGUUUCCCAGGUAAAAUAUCUCCCAGGUAAAACAGCGCGAAAGAAACCGUUAAAAAAAAUAAUGGGCUCCAUCGCCUGGGAUAUCGAAAAACCUUAGCUAGAUUUACCACGUUAAAUGUCAUGGGCGGUUUCUUCUUCUUUUUGACGUAACCAUGAGUAUUUCCCUUGGUAAAUUUAUCUCGGGAACGUCCGGUCAUACUUAACACGCCAGUUUCCUGAGGUAAAAGGAUCAUUUACCACGGUAAAAGUCAACCUCGUCCCCAGGGUUUUCUCGGGACGAGGUUGGGUAAAAGUGUCUCGUGUAACCACUUUAUUAUGCAUGGUUCAGAUCUAUCCUUUGCCAUCCCCCUGGCAACAUUAGUUCUGGACCCAGGGGAGGGGGGCGGGGAGGGGUAGAGGUGCAUCUGUUUCAGCCCGUUUCGUUCCUUCUGGGGGUGGGACGGAUCGUAAAAGAUCGUUUAGAUCAAUGGUUAUAUCAUACCACUAAAAAAUUAUUCAGUUAGGGUUGAAUCAUAGCUUCAAAGAGAUAUCAUUUAUGUGUGCUUUUGUUUAUUUGUUUUAUUUUCUUCAGCUUGGCUGUCGGGUUACCGGGUGCCUUAACGGAGGUUCUUGUUUCUUUGACAACGAAAAAGAAACUUCCGUCUGUUCAUGUAAGUUGUCAUGGAGCGGACAGAGAUGCGAACUGGGUAGGAGCGCAAUUAAUUCCUUUCAAUUUUCAUGUUAAGUUACAAGAAUAUAUUAAGAGCUCAAAUUCAGUGAAUGGUACUUUGAUACAACUCUUAACAAGCAAAGAGCGUAAAAUUAUUGUUUUAUUUUCCCUGAAGGUACAAACAUGUGUUCCAGCAAUCCAUGUCUGUAUGGGGCAACGUGCGCCAACAUUUUGAAUGGUUACACUUGCGCAUGCUCGGCAUAUUUUACAGGCCCACGAUGCGAGAUUCCUCUCGGUAAGUCGACUUAUUCAUAGGUGAAAACUACUACAAUUAAGCUUAGAACGAGAUGGCCUAAAUUAUCAUGCUUUUGUUGAGCUUUAUAUCACGAGAGUUCGUCUUGCCGCAUAUUUUAGUCGAAAGCAUUGGUGUGUCGGAACUAGACAGUUGCGGGAAGAUUCACAGUAAUUAUACUGGAUUCAUAUUUACUGUUUAUUUAGUGUCCAGCAGCAAACGUCGCUGGAUCCCUUCCCACAUCUCCUUAUUACGUCAGUUAUUUGAUGCAGUGAAUAAACCCUAGAAUGUUAUACAUUCAAUAUGUACAGGUUCUGAAUGCAGCUCUUACACUCUGAACAACGAGACCGACCGCAGCGUGUUGGCUUCACAAGUUGGCUCGAUAAAGAGAUCUGACAACGCAUUGGUUACAGCGUGGUACCGCUUUAAUAGCACUGCAGGCACCAAAAUGCCCACCACGUGCGUGUCUAAAAAAAAGUGCAACACGCAUGUGCCAGGAUGGCUGAAUGGCACACACCCCACCCCCCAGGAGGGCAUUGUCGACAGACGUGUCUGUUUUCAUUGGAACAACAAUUGCUGCUACUGGGCGAUAACAAUCGAAGUCAGGAACUGUGGACUGUUUUACGUGUACAGACUAGUUAAACCACCAACCUAUUAUCUCCGUUAUUGUGUCACUAAAUAA